UUCACCAUGGCUGUGCUACAGAGUAACUGACGAGUCGAUAUUAAUGUGAAUUUCAUUUGUAGAUUUUACUCAAUUUCUUGUAUUCUAUGCAACGGUAGUUUAGGAAUUUGCAAAAAGUCGCUCUCUGAAGCCAUGCGGCGAAGUAAGGCCGAAGUGGACCGCUAUAUUUUAUCAGUACAGAGUUCGUCUCCCUCACUCAAAGAGAAGCCGAUCAAAGGCUUUCUAUUUGCUAAACUGUACUUUGAAGCCAAGGAGUAUGAACUUGCAAAAAGACAUGUAUCAGAAUAUCUCAAAGUCCAAGAGAGGGAUCCCAAAGCACACAAAUUCCUUGGCCAGCUCUAUGAGAGAGAGGGGGAGGUCAACAAAGCAGUAGGAUGUUACAAGCGGUCGGUGGAACUGAACCCUGCCCAGAGGGACCUGGUGCUGAAGGUGGCUGAGCUGUUGGUCAAUAAGGAGGAAUGUGACAGCAGGGCAGAGUUCUGGGUGGAGAAAGCUGCUAAGCUGCUGCCUGGAAGCCCAGCUGUCUUCAACCUUAAGGAGUGUUUGUUGAGUCGCCAGGGUCAGCAGGGCUGGAACCAGCUGUUCGACCUCCUCCAAGCCGAGCUGGCAGCGAGGCCAGCCGACGCCCAUGUCAACGUGAAGCUGGUGCAGCUGUACUCUCAGGACGGCCGGCUGGACGAGGCUGUCAAACACUGUCUGGCUGCUGAGAGAAGAGGCUUGCUACGCCACAGCCUGGACUGGUACACCGUGGUGGUGCACACCCUGCAGGAGUACCUGGCUCAGCCCAGCGUCUCUAGCAAUGAGAAGAUGUGUCGCCGUCUUCAGCGAGAGCUGCUGUUGGCCCACUGCAGCCUGCUGAGAAUCACACUGACUGUGAGCGGAGUGCAGCCCAGCCUUGACGCUCUUACAAGUUUUGACCAGGCAAUGCAGACACUGAGCAGCACAGCGGGCAGCCAGACAGAUGACUUGUGCGAGGUGUUUGUGGAGAUGCGAGGUCACCUUUACCUGCAUGCAGCCACUCUGUUGUUGAAGCUUGCCCAGGAGCGCCAACAGACCUGGAGGGCUGUUGUGGACCUGGCUGCACUGUGCUACCUGCUGGCAUACCAGGUCCCCAGACCAAAGGCUAAGGUGACCAAAGGAGACCAGACAGCCCCCCAGCUGAUAGAGCUGCUGGCUAACGACCGGCAGAGCCAGGCCGGCCACAUGCUGCUCAACCUCAGUGCCGACACACACACGUUCAUCAGAGAGGUGGUAGAAGCGUUUGGGAACCGUAGCGGUCAGGGCUCUCUGUUUGACCUCCUGUUUGGACCGCGGGCCUCCACUUCUGCCUCCUUCAUUGCCAAUGAUGACAUUCGCUCCAUCAGCACCCAGGCUCCAGAGCUCUCCCAUCUGUCCAAAUGGGACAACGGCUCCAUCCUGCUGCAUGGAGGCGACCUGCAGCACUUGAGCUGGCUGGGCCUGCAGUGGGCCCUGCAGGCCCACAGGCCAGCCCUGCGGGACUGGCUGAAGCAGCUCUUCCCCAGGCUCACUCUGGAAACCUCCAAGCUGGACACCAGUGCUCCUGAGUCCAUUUGCCUGCUAGACCUGGAGGUGUUUGUGUCUGGUGUGGUAUUCUGCAGCCACAGUCAGCUCCAGGAGACGCUGAAGAUCAGCAGUGGUGUCCAGCAGCAACAGCAGCAGCUCUAUGAGCCUCGCUGCCUCCCUUUGCCCCUCCUGCGCCUCCUGUCUACUGACAGACAGAGGGAGUGGUGGGAUGCCAUCUACAGCCUCAUCCACAAACGAGCUGCGCCUGGCAUGUCAGCCAAACUGCGGAUGAUUGUGCAGCAUGGACUGACCACCCUGAGAGCUGGAGAGAAACAUGGCCUCCAACCAGCACUGCCCAUCCACUGGGCUCAACAUCUCAGCCAAACAGGUUUCGGAGUAAACUCAUACUACGAUCAGAAGGAGUACAUUGGCCGCAGUGUCCACUACUGGAAAGUUGUUCUCCCACUGUUGGACAAGAUCAAAAACAGACGCGGUAUCCCUGAACCCUUCGACCCACUCUUCAUACACUUUCCCUCCAAGGAUAUCCAGAUUUCAGCAGUGAAGGGAUUUGAAGAGGAAGCCAUGAUAGCAUUUUCUGCUCUCCUGGACAUUGAAGGCAAGACGGAGGAGGCCAUUGCUACCCUGGAAACUGUCAAUAACAUGUCAUCUCACUGGCAUCUGGCUCGGAUCUAUCAGCGGCUAUCAGAGGAGGCAGGCAAUGGGGUUGAGGAGACCCAAGACAGGUGCAUUAUGUUCCUUAGGAAGUUCAGGACUUACCUGUCAAAGAUCUACAAUGCCAAUGCUGAUGACAUAGAGAAACUGCCAGUGUCCAUGGAGGAGGUUAUGGACCUCCUGAAUGAGGUGAAUCAGCAGCUAGGGGAGGGCGGGGAGGCCAUGGAUGAGGAGGAGGAAGAGGGACGAGGAGGACCAGCCCACUCCAGCCCUGCUCACCUCACUGAAACUGCUGCCACCAUAUCCCAUAUCAAGUUCUCCACUCCUUCCCCAAACAAAAGCAUUGUCUCGCCCUCCAAAAGACACCUGAUUUCACCCAAGACACCACCCCACUGGGUAGAGGACCAAAAGACCCUCCUACAGAUGCUCUGUCAGCAAGUAGAAGCCCUAAAGAAUGAGGUUCAUGAUCUGAGACACAACACCUCUGGAAACACAGGCUCUCCUUACCACAGGAUGUAUGGAGAGAGUUAUGGGGCUGAGGGUCUACAGGAACCCUACACACCAGUCCAAUCCUUCCAUGGAGCUCCGCUAACAGUUGCCACUACAGGUCCUUCUGUAUACCACAUCCCAUCUCCUGCUUAUAACUCUCAAUAUCUCCUUCGCACAGCAGCAAAUGUAACUCCUACUAAGGGUCCAAUGUAUAGCAUGAAUCGUAUGCCACCACAGCAGCAUAUAUAUACUUACCAGCCACCCACCCAUACACCUCCCUUGCAAACAGCCUCAGCCUGCAUCUAUCCUCAGGAGCCAGUCUUUGGUGGCCCUCUCCGCUUUGAGUCACCAGCCACAAGCCUCAUUUCCCCGUACACUGAGGAACAUUGCGGACAUGGUGUCACACAGCCAACCACCAACCCUCCCCUUCCUGAACCUGGCUAUUUCACCAAACCAUCUGUAGUUCCUGUUCAGCCACCAAAGAGCAUUGAGGGGAAGCCCAUGGACUUUGGGAAGAUUUCUUUUGGACAGCAGGCACCUUCUGAAGUCCCCAAAGUGCCUAGUUUCGGAGCAGGGACAGUUGCCCAGUCCACACCUUCAGCUGCUUUUAAAUUUAAUUCCAACUUCAAAUCCAAUGAUGGAGACUUCACCUUCUCUGCCUCUCAGGCAAAACACAGUGAGAGCUUGCUUGGUCUUCUAACAUCAGACAUUUCCACCAAAACAGAUAAUAUUCCUGAACAAAAGCCUCCGGCUCAGGAGCAGCCACCCAGCCAGACAGGUAUCUUUAAAUUUGGCACUGGUUCUGGCUUCUCUUUUGCUGAGGCUGCACAGAACACAGGCACUGGAGGCCUGUUUGGAAAAAUGGAUCAGCCAUUCAAAUUUGGGGAUGUCACCAAGCCUAUAUUUGAGAUGGCCAAGUCUACAGAAGAAGAAAGGGCAGCAGAGAGUGACAAUGAUAGCACUCAUGUGGAGGAAGAUGAGGAUGGCCCUCAUUUUGAGCCCAUUGUACCCCUGCCUGAUAAAGUAGAUGUGAAAACAGGUGAGGAAGAGGAGGAGGAGAUGUUCUGCAACCGAGCAAAGUUGUUUCGAUUUGAUACAGAGACAAAGGAGUGGAAGGAACGGGGCAUCGGCAAUGUUAAAAUCUUAAAGCACAGCACCUCAGGUAAAGUCCGUCUCUUGAUGAGGAGGGAACAGGUCCUGAAGAUCUGUGCCAACCACUACAUCACUGCUGAUAUGCUACUGAAACCAAAUGCUGGUUCAGACAAGUCCUGGGUAUGGAAUGCCAUUGAUUAUGCAGACGAACAGCCCAAGCCUGAGCAGCUGGCCAUCCGCUUCAAAACAGCAGAUGAGGCAGCACUUUUCAAAACCAAGUUUGAAGAAGCCCAGAAAAUUAUGCCCAAGUCACCAGAGAAGCAUGACCAGCAGGAGAAGAAAGAAACAAGCCUCAAGUCCUCUGAACAUCAAGCAGCAACAUUUGGAGCCCAGUUUGUACUUAAAGAAGGGGAAUGGGACUGCAGUGUGUGCUUUGUAAGAAAUAAGGCUAUGGCUAUGCAGUGUGCUGCUUGUCAGAGUGCUAAUCCUAAUUCUUCAUCAAAGCCCGAUACUACGGCUGCAAGUGAAACCAAAGGCCUUGCUGGAGGUCCAACUUCAACAGGUGGCUUUAUGUUCAAAUUUGGAACAGAUUCAUCAAAACCCAUUAAUACAAGCUCUAAAUUCACUGGAUUUGGGGCUUUUGGAGCUUCCAUACCUUCUUCAUUUACAUUUGGCACUAGUGCUUCAACAACACCUGCUGACACAGCAUCCAGUGCAUUUGCUUCUGGCUUUGGAGCUCAGUUUGGCAAGAAGCCAGAGCAGUGGGAUUGUGAGACUUGUUAUGUGUCAAAUGAAUCAUCUGCAAACAGUUGUGUUUCCUGUGAAGAUCUUAAACCCCCUCCCAAAACAACUGCCACAGCACCAACAGAAGCUGCAAAGACUUCAACCUCCGCUUUUGGCUCUGGGUUUUCUGCCCAAUUUGGCAAGAAACCAGGGCAGUGGGACUGUGGCACAUGUUAUGUGUCAAAUGAGUCUUCUGCAAGCAGUUGUGUUGCCUGUCAAACUCCUAAACCCUCAGAUAAAACAACUGCCACAGCACCAGCAGAAGCUGCAAAGCCUUCAGCCUCUUCUUUUGGCUCUGGGUUUUCUGCCCAAUUUGGCAAGAAACCAGGGCAGUGGGACUGUGGCACAUGUUAUGUGUCAAAUGAGUCUUCUGCAAGCAGUUGUGUUGCCUGUCAAACUCCUCAACCCUCCGAUAAAACAACUACCACAGCACCAGCAGAAGCUGCAAAACCUUCAGCCUCUGCUUUUGGCUCUGGGUUUUCUGCUCAGUUUGGCAAGAAGCCAGGACAAUGGGACUGUGACAUUUGCUGUGUAAGAAAUGAAUCUUCUGCAAACACUUGUGUCUCCUGUAAAAAUCCCAACCCCAUAGCUAAAUCAACAGUGGAUGGUCAAGCAACAUCAAAACCAUCGACCGUGUCAGCUGCAUCAGGUUUUGGUGCUGCUUUUGCAAAGAAAGAUGGGCAGUGGGACUGCAAUUCCUGCCUAGUUAGAAAUGAUGCAUCAGCCUCUAAAUGUGCUUCCUGUCAGGCCGAGUGCCCCACCCCUUCCUUGGGAGCCAUGUUUGGCAAGAAAGAUGGACAGUGGGACUGUGACACUUGUCUGGUGAGGAAUACUGCUUCUGCCAGUCAAUGUGUGUCCUGCCAGACACCUAAUCCCAAUUCUAAAAGCACAACCAGCAAUGCUCCCUCAGCAUCCACCUUCAAUUUUAGCUUUGGAACAAAGGAUUCAGGGAGCCAACCACCUGGAACUGGCUUUACAACCGCCCUUGGGAGUGGCAGCACUUUUCAGUUUGGUCAAAACAAAGAUAAAAACUCUGAUGGUUCCUUCAAGUUUGGUUCCUCAGGCUUCUCGUUCUCAAUGCCCAUUCCAGCCAGUGGCUUCAAAUUUUGUACUCAGGACACUGCGAAAGAGACUCCCGCAAUGGGUACUGAAACACCUACAUCAGGGUCUGCCUCAAUGUUCCUGAAAAGCAUAGCUGACCAACACAAAGAGAAAGAAAUUGAGUCUACAACAGAAGUGGGUGCACCAGAGCAAGAUAAGAAUCCCCUGUUUACUGGAAAACCCAAUACAUUCAGUUUUGCAGACUUGGCUAAGUCUUCUGGGGGAGACUUCCAGUUUGGCCAGAAGGACCCCAAUUUCAAAGGUUUCUCUCGGGCUGGCGAGCAGCUAUUCUCAUCAUUCCAGGCAACUCCCAACAAAGCAGACACCUCAGUUGAACAGGAGGAAGAAGAUAUGUACAAGACGGAGGAGAAUGAUGACAUCCAGUUUGAGCCAGUUGUCCAGAUGCCUGAGAAGGUUGACUUGGUUACAGGAGAAGAGGAUGAACAGGUUCUUUACUCCCAGCGUGUCAAGCUGUUCAGAUUUGAUCCCAGCACCAGUCAAUGGAAAGAGCGUGGCGUGGGAAUUCUCAAAUUCUUGAAAAACACCACCAAUGGCCGGCUGAGAGUGCUGAUGAGAAGAGAGCAGGUUCUGAAGGUAUGUGCCAACCACUGGAUAACCACCACCAUGAACCUUAAGCCCCUGGCUGGCUCUGACAAAGCAUGGAUGUGGCUGGCCAAUGAUUUCUCUGAUGGAGAUGCCAAAUUGGAACAGCUGGCUGCCAAGUUCAAAACCCCAGAGCUGGCUGAGGAGUUUAAGCAGAAGUUUGAGGAGUGCCAGAGGCUUCUCCUAGACAUCCCUCUGCAAACCCCCCACAAGCUUGUUGACACAGGCAGAACAGCACAUCUUAUUCAGAAAGCUGAAGAAAUGAAGUCUGGCUUGAAAGACUUGAAGUCGUUCUUGACCGAUGAGAAAACAAAGAUAAAGGAUAAUGAAAGUGAGACAGACAUAACAUCCAGCAAUGUUUCCAGCCUUGUAAUCAAACCUCAUGCUGAAAGCACUGGACCCACUUUAGAGUGGGACAAUUAUGACCUUAGGGAGGAGGCUUUAGACGAUACUGUUGACACAUCGGUUUCUGCUUCUCCCAUUGCUAGUAGCCCCAUUAGAAAGAACCUUUUCCGUUUUGGGGAAUCCACAGGCGGAUUUAGCUUCAGCUUCCAACCAGGCAUCAGUCCCUCUAAGUCUCCUGCUAAGCUUAACCAGAGUAGAGCCUCAGUGGGCACUGAUGAUGAACAAGACUUGACACAGGAUGAGGAGAGGGAUGGCCAGUACUUCGAACCUGUGGUCCCAUUACCUGACCUAGUGGAGAUUUCCACAGGAGAGGAAAACGAGCAGGUGGUCUUCAGUCAUAGGGCCAAACUAUAUCGUUACGAUAAAGACCUGAGUCAGUGGAAAGAGAGGGGUAUUGGAGACCUCAAGAUCUUGCAGAAUUACGACACUAGACGGGUGAGGUUGAUCAUGAGGAGGGACCAGGUACUCAAGAUCUGUGCCAACCACUGGAUCACAGCAGCCAUGAAGUUGGAACCCAUGAUGGGUGCUGAGAAGGCCUGGGUCUGGAGUGCAUGGGAUUUUGCUGAAGGUAGAGAGGGUAAAGUUGAACAGUUGGCUGUGAGGUUCAAGCUGCAGGAUGUUGCCAACACAUUCAAAGAGGUCUUUGAAGAAGCCAAGAAUGCACAAGAAAAAGAGGUACUGUUGACCCCAGUAACAUCUAGGGUGGCCACUCCUCAAGAUGCUGGAGCUGCAGGAUCUGCAGCAGCAGGAGCUGCCAUAGCAUGUGGAAAGGCAGCAAUUGCUGUUCUGGAGGAGACCACCAAAGAAUGUGCAGAGCUUUCUUCUGACAGUAAGACCACAGCAGAUGGGUCACAUAGCCCAGCCAACCCCUCCAAGGCAGUGGUGUCUCCUCCUAAGUUUGUUUUUGGCUCUGAUAGUCUUCAGAAGAUCUUCGGUACUCCCAAAUCUGCUUCUGAUGGUCUGGAUUCUGCAUCCAGUUUCAAAGCCAAAGAUGGUGGACGUCCUGCUCAGGCUUCAUCUGCAACACCUGCAUUCAGAAUCCCUGAGAAAGGGUUGGAUUUUAGGCUUUUCAAAGAUAACCCAAUGGCUUUUUGGACCAGCACAUCAACCACCCAAUUUGAGCCCCCAGCGCCCCCUCAGGCAGAAGAAGGCAACGCAGGCUCUGACUCAGACUCUGAAGUGGAGGUGGUGUAUGUCAGAGAGCCCACUGCUGAGCAGGCUGCUUUAGCCAGGAAACUGCUGCUGCCCCUCACCUUCUUCUGCUACCAGAAUGAACCUGGCUACACCAGUGACGACCAGACUGAUGAUGAGGACUAUGAGUCAGCUGUGAAAGCUUUGAAGGGAAAGCUGUACCCUGAUCCUCCACAGAGAAAGGCUGCCGCGUGUGCUAACGCUGUAGCCCUCCAGGCCGAGACAUUGUCAGAGCCAGACUGCGAAGUGGUCUGGGAGAAGAAACCCACACCAGAAGAAGAAGAAAAGGCCAAAAGCCUCCAGCUUCCCGCCACCUUCUUCUGUGGCUUGGGCACCAGCGACAGCGACCUGGACAGGGACAAGUCUGAAGACUUUGAAACAGAGGUCCGCAAAGCACAGCAAGACCUGGAUGCUCAGUUGAACACUGCAUCGAACACAUCCAGCUGCCCUGCUGAGCUUCCAGAGCAGGACCAGACCUCAGACCAGCCUUCAGAGGCCCAGAGUGAAGCUCCUAGCAGUAGCUCUCCCAUUGACCUGUCAACCAAGAAGAGCCCUGAGCUCGAUUCCAGUUCCUCUGCUACUGCUGCCACGGCUACAGCUACAGCUACAACUACAACGACAACUGCCAGUCAGGACUCUCUCCCGUUUGGCUUCAACACAUUUGGAAGCUUCUCAUUCGCUGACCUGGCCAAGAAUACUGGAGAAUUUGCUUUUGGAAAGAAAGACUCUAACUUCUCAUGGGCAAAUGCUGGAGCUACAGUGUUUGGAUCCACAGUGUCCUCAGCACCAAAGAAUGAUGCAGAGGAGGAGGGCAGUGAUGAAGAGGAGGCUCCAAAUAAUGUGGAUAUUCAUUUUGAGCCAAUAGUGUCACUACCAGAGGUGGAGACUAAGUCGGGCGAGGAGGACGAGGAAAUCCUGUUUAAGGAGCGCACAAAGCUGUACCGCUGGGACCGGGACCUUGGCCAGUGGAAGGAGCGUGGUGUUGGUGACAUCAAGAUCCUCUACCACCCGAUCAAACACUUUUACCGCAUCCUGAUGAGGCGGGAGCAGGUGCUGAGGGUUUGUGCGAACCACACCAUCUCCCAGGCCAUGGAGCUCAAACCCAUGAACACUUCAGCCAACGCACUGGUGUGGACCGCCACCGACUACGCAGAGGGUGAAGGCAGAGUGGAACAGCUGGCAGCCAAGUUCAAAACCCCCGAGCUAGCUGAAGCCUUCAAGAAGACCUUCUGCGAGUGUCAGAGCCACAUGGGCCAACGUAGCAAUGAUGCCUCCUCCAUCUCAUCACCGCACAUGUCCAGAGCCCAGGAGCACUCGAGAGAGUCAAACCCCCGGGUGUUUCUCACUGUCGCGGCCGACAGCGAAAGCCUGGGUACCGUCACCAUAGAGCUCUUCAGCCAUAAAGUCCCCAAGACAGCGGAAAACUUCAGGGCCCUCUGCACUGGCGAGAAGGGAUUCGGGCUGCAGGACUCCAUAUUUCACAGGGUCAUACCAGACUUUAUGUGUCAGGGUGGUGACAUCACCAACCAGGACGGCACAGGAGGAAGGUCCAUCUAUGGUGGAAAGUUUGAGGAUGAGAACUUUGAUGUUCGCCACACGGGUCCAGGACUCCUGUCCAUGGCUAACCGCGGGCGGGACAGCAACAACUCACAAUUCUUCAUCACGUUGAAGAAGGCCGAGCACCUGGACUUCAAACAUGUGGUCUUCGGCUGGGUCUGUGAUGGCAUGGACGUAGUGCGACAGAUGGGCGAGCUAGGCACCAAGAAUGGCAAGCCAAGCAAGAGGCUUGUCAUCACAGACUGUGGACAGCUCUAGCCUUUCAGACAUAAAGCUCACAUCUAGCUAGUAUAGGCUUUCAAAGGACUGUUAAGAAAUAAAGACCAUUUUGAUGAUAAACUGUUCCCUGUGUUGUGCAUGGCUUUCUGCCCAAACUGAAUCUAUAGACAUCAAGCAUCUGAGAUUUAAACACUGAGUAUAGGAUCAGUGGCCAGGAGACAUGGGCAUAUAUACUUGACUAAAUAUUGGCCUCUGAUUGUUUCUUCUAUUCUAAAGUCCUCCGAAGGGGAAUUCUUGUUUUGCUAUUCUUUGUUAAGUGGUCUGAAGCAAUGCACUUCAUAGGGAAUAUGAUGUAGUGUGGGGGAGGAAGCAUUUGGAGCCAGUCAUGUCUCCUCUCGCUCUGUUGCACUUGCAAAUUCACCCCUCUCCUCCCAAGGAAUGCUCAUCGUUUACUUUAUCUGUUUAUUUUGUGUGUAUAAUUGUACAUGGGCUACUUUUUUCUACGUCUCUUUUUGUGUUUGUUUUUGUUUUUGUUUUUUUUUGUCUUGCAUGUGUUCCAAUCAAAUGUGCUGGUCUUCUUCACAAGCUCCACUUCAGUAGUUUUAUUUUCCUUUUGAGUAAAGUCUUAAGCAGUUGUAAUUGAAAGGAGAGGUUGUUUAUUGAAAGCAUCAAUCAGUUUGUAACCGUAUUCCUGCCUUCUCUCCGAAUGCUGCCUCUGUGUACUCUUUACUGUAGGUGUCCCCAGUGAUUUUUCCUUGUAUACAUGGGGUUCAUAAUGUGCAGAUGAUUUUUUUUUUUUUUUUUUUUUUUUUUUUUUUUUUUUUGGUUUGAUUGGUUUUUCUUGCCCACAAACUCUAAAAGUCAUCUUAUAGCCUGGUCCAAUGGAGGGAGGGUGGACAGAUAAAGACGCCGCAUUUGGUUUGGACUUUUAAAAGACUCAGUGUAUUGAGAAUAUCACAACUGAAUUUGAAAGGGUGCUUAUUGUACCAAAUAAAUAUGCUGGUAAAGGAGAAAUAAAGUUGCUUUAUAAGUAA